CCCAAAUACAAGAGGUCUCACAGAUCCUUCCUCAGUACCUGCAGCCUGAGGAGAUACUCAGGGAAACCAAAAGAGGAAGGUUUAUACUAGCUCCACGGGGAAAAGAGGAAAUAGGGAAGGGGCUCAGGAAGGGACUCUUGCACCAAAGCUUUCCUGGGAUUUCCAGUUGUCUCCAGCCCAGGACAGAGGCCCACCCACCUCAUUCCUGCCUUUGUCCGUCUUCCUACAGAUCUUCUUCCUCAGGGUGCCCAUCCGCGUGCUGCAAUGGCUAGCCUCCCAACCACGCCUUCUCCAGGAGGACUGAUGACCACCCCAAUUCUGCAGACCACUGUGACCCUGUCCCCAGAAGCUGAAGCCAGCACAGCACUCAUCGCAGUUGUUAUCACCGUGGUCUUCCUCACCCUGCUCUCAGUCGUGAUCUUGAUCUUCUUUUACCUGUACAAGAACAAAGGCAGCUACGUCACCUAUGAACCUGCAGAAGGAGAGCCCAGCACCAUUCUUCAGAUGGAGAGUGACUCAGCCAAGGGCAGGGAGAAGAACGAAUAUUUCAUCUAAUGAUUCCCGGGCCCCCAGGAGCUUAUCCAGGCUCCAGUGCUAACACACUAUUUAUUAGAUGCAAGUUUUAUCUGAAACCGUGAGAAGCAUUGAUUGAUAUGGGCAAACCCGAGCUCCUUUCAGGACACAGGCCCAAAUCCAACACCACUGACACCAGGGACACUGAGACAGCUGCUUAUGGUCUUAGCCAGGCCUUUGUAAUACACCAAUGUUUGUGAUUGACCGACAAAGUGGAGCAAUACCAGGCAACAUUUGAGUAUGUGCCCAGUCAUCUUCAGUUUUUUCACAGGUCAAAGGGGAGACGACAGUUAAGGUCACCUAAUGACAGCACCAGUGGAGACAGAAUGCAUAGUUCUUCCCAGAGGCUGGAUACCACAGUAAAAGGCCAGGCCAGGAGGAGUAGGAGACUAGAGACCUUACCUCCUGAUGAACGUGCAACAUCCCUUAAUCUGAGCCCUUCCUUUCCAUAUUCUCCAAGAACCUUAUACUUAAUGCUAUUUUUAUCAGAAUUAAAAUUUUUGAUCCAGAAAUCAGAUUCUCGUGUGUAAGAAGUAACUACCUUUAUUGACUUAUCCCUGCUUAAACUUUUUUGACAUUUUCUUUUGCUUAACUCCUUUGCAUAUGUUCUCUCCCAGGCAAAAAGAACCCCAGGGAAGUUUCGGAAGUUCCCAGAACAAUCUCAGGUUUGAAACAAAGAUGGUCUGGGACACUUGUCCCAGAGGAGUGUUAUUAGAAACAUACCCUGGGAGAUGGAUUGGUUUAGCCUCCGUCUUGCCAAGGACCACUUUCCCAGAAACCAUUCUCUGUAUACACAGAGGGACCAGGAACAGUCUACCUACCACUUUCCCACCAGUGUCCUUUGAAUCAAGCCCAGAGAAGCUUCUUGGAUCUGUCUCUGAAUAAGGUUUGUUUAAAUGGCACAAUUGUUUUCGUGGAAAUCAUUAGCUCCCCCAAUAUUAACUUGGGAAUUAAGCUAGCUAUUCUUUGAGGUCUCACCGGUAUUGUCUCCAUUGUCCAAGCUCAAGUCUACGCAAGGUUAAGACCCAAGAGCUGAGGAAUCAAUCUUAAGCAACCUCGAUUCCAGGAGUUUUCAGUAUUUCUCCACACAGAAUUUUGGAGAAAUUGAAGGUCACCCUAAACUUAACAAAUUAUUAUACUAAAACAUCUUCCUCAAGUCAAACUUUAGGGCAAAAUAGGAAAUCAGUUGUUCCUUUAUUUCUAAGUUUAUGUUCUGAAUUCCUCUGGCAUAAUAGACUUGUAAGAAUCUGAAAGAACUUAGGUAGAAAAAUGAAGUUAAACAUCUAGAAUGAAACUCAUGAAAAUGGUUCAAUCUUAGCCUUGUCCUCCUGCAUUUAUUUCAAAGACUUCACUAAAAAAAAAGGAUGGCAGCAGCACCUAUCCAAAUUCUAGGUGGGAUACAAAAGAAGACAUAAACAGAAGAAAUCUAAAAACAAGCCGAGUAAAGAAUCCUUGAAGUGAGGUGUAAUGCAACUUCAUCACUUUAUUCAAAUCUUCAAAAUAGUCUUUAUUCUACAUUUUUAGUAUAAAAAAAUCCACAAGUUAAGUGCACCACAGUGUAGAGAGAGACAUACAACGCUGAACUUCCAUAACAGUCAAUGGUACAGUCAAACAUCACAUGUACAGAACAUAAAAUUUAGAUGAA